CGCGGUGAUUGGUCAGGGAGCAGAUGUGGGCGGGGCGUUCACUCCAGCGCUUCGUGUUUAGCAGCGUGUGAGUCACAAGCACAGACGCGUUCAGACUCGAUUUGAAUCCUGGACGUCAGAAGCGCUUCCAGUUUUGUCCACAUAUUCAGACUGAGCGAAACACCAACUGAAGCAUGAUUACAUACAUGAAUACUGUGAGAUAACACACACACGACACAGCGCACACGCUCCUGCAGGAUCGGUGGUGGAUGACGUGUGUUUCCUACACCCAGACAUGCCCGUCAUGCGGCUCAUAAACUCUCCGUUCGCCCCGCAGGCCCCCAUCACGCCCGUCGGCCCUCGGGCCCUGUGGCCCCCGCUGGACUUCAUGCUGGGCGCGCUGGCGUGCUGCGGCGCAUGUGUGUUCACCAACCCGCUGGAGGUGGUGAAGACCCGACUGCAGCUGCAGGGUGAGCUUCAGGCCCGCGGCUCCUAUCAGCGGCACUACCGCGGCGUGCUGCAGGCGCUGUGGGUGGUGGGCAGCACAGACGGCCUCCGCGGCCUGCAGAAGGGGCUGACGGCGGCGCUGCUGUACCAGGGCCUGAUGAACGGGGUGCGGCUCGGGUUCUACUCCUACACAGAGGCCACAGGACUCACGGACGCGCCGGGAGGGAGUCUGAUCUCAGGAGCUGCGGCAGGAGCUCUGGGCGCGUUUAUCGCCUCGCCGGCGUAUCUGGUGAAGACGCACCUGCAGGCGCAGACGGUGGCGGCCAUCGCAGUCGGACACCAGCACAACCAUCAGGACGUGUCGAGCGCAUUCAUGUCCAUCUACCGGCGUGAGGGUGUGAUGGGUCUGUGGCGGGGUGUUAACGGGGCCGUCCCUAGGGUCAUGGUGGGGUCAGCGGCUCAACUGGCCACAUUCAGCUCGGCUAAAGACUGGGUCACAUGCGCACAGUGGUUCGGUCCUCACAGCUGCCUCACUGCGCUCAUUGCCGCCAUGAUCAGCGGUGUCGCUGUGACCAUCACCAUGACGCCGUUUGAUGUCAUCAGCACACGCCUGUACAACCAACCGGUGGAUGAGUUCAAAAGGGGGCGUCUGUACUGCGGGUUUGUGGACUGUCUGAUGAAGGUUUGUGCUACUGAGGGGAUCAUGGGUCUGUAUAAAGGAAUGACGCCAGUGUUUGUGCGUCUGGCUCCUCAUACGGUUCUCAGUAUGCUGAUAUGGGACGUCCUGAGACAGCGAGCGCUGCUGUACAGGCACUGAUUCACUACACAUGACCUGGAGUGGGUAUGAACAAUCAUGAAGGAACGCCAUGCAGCGUUUACUGCUCAAAUCUAUCUGGAUGAGGAGUUUUUAUCGUCAUAACGCACAUAAUGAUACUUGGACUUGAACUGACUCUUGAAAUGCAGUUGAAGAGGCUCAUGGGAAGGAAAAUGUUACCUCACUACUGUGUUUCAUUUUUGACAUAACUGUAAAGACUCUGUAUUUUUAAAUGUAGUUUAUUAUUAAAGUUUUACUG